GGCAGCAGCAGCUCCUCGCGUGAUCUCGCCCGCUGUGCCGUCAGGAGAAGGACCCACUUUCGCGACCGGCUCCUGAGGCUCUUUCCCGGCGCCGUUGGCUGGGAGGGGGAGGAGGUGGGGCCCAGGCAGGACAAGAUGAAGCGGGCGCUGGCCUUGCUGCUGCUGCUGUCGGUGGGGCUGGACUGGGCCUCGGCCCAGCCGGGUGGGCUGCCGCCGGCCAAGAAGCUGCGCAUGGCCUACGCCACGGGGCCGCUGCUCAAGUUCCAGAUCUGUGUUUCCUGAGGAUACAGGCGGGUGUUUGAGGAGUACAUGCGGGUUAUUAGCCAGCGGUACCCAGACAUCCGCAUUGAAGGAGAGAACUACCUUCCUCAACCUAUUUAUAGGCAUAUAGCAUCUUUCCUGUCAGUCUUCAAACUAGUGUUAAUAGGCUUCAUUAUUGUUGGCAAGGAUCCUUUUGCUUUCUUUGGCAUGCAAGCUCCAAGUAUCUGGCAGUGGGGCCAAGAAAAUAAGGUCUAUGCUUGUAUGAUGGUUUUCUUCCUGAGCAACAUGAUUGAGAACCAAUGUAUGUCAACAGGUGCAUUUGAAAUAACUUUAAAUGAUGUCCCAGUAUGGUCUAAGUUGGAGUCUGGUCACCUUCCUUCCAUGCAGCAGCUUGUUCAGAUCCUUGAUAAUGAAAUGAAACUCAAUGUGCACAUGGAGCAAAUACCGCAUCAUCGAUCGUAGCCCCAUCCAUCAGUACUGAAAACCUCUUACAUUAAGAGACACUUUCCAAAGGCAGCAUGAACGAAAUGAAUGAUGGCCUGUACUGAAGACAGCAAGCUGUUGGUACAGACUGGAUGCUCUCCUCGCCUUCAUGUUGUUCUUCCAGAAAAUCUUAAUGCAAGACUCCUUUCAGUGCUGGAAUAUUACUGCACAUUCAUGGAGUGCAAUAAUACUGUAUAGAUUUUUUUUUAAGUUAAUUCAACCAGUUUGGCACUAGACAAUGCAGGCAUUAACAACUUAUGUUUUUUAUUUACAUCUAAAAAGAUGGCAAAAUGAGUUAGAAUCCUAAGUUUUUCCUUGGGGAAGGAAAAUGUCUGAUAUGCUAUAUAUAGAAGUUAUGUUCUAUCUGUAGUUUAAAAUGGAUCUGUAGGAGUAUUGGUUGUCUCUUAAACUGGUUUGGAUAAUAUGAUGACUGUCAGACAUUGCUGAUUUGGCUAUGUAAUUUUUGUAUAUUUUCAGAGUAUAUUGCUGAGUGAAUGGUGCAAUGUAUACUAAAUUAUAUAAACAAAAAAAUAUGCAGAGUAACUGCCCUAAACUUUGUGACUUUAAAGAAGACCAACUGCUCUUCAGAUUCCCUUGAUAAUUUGACGUUUUCUUUGUGGACCAGUCUAAGCGGUCAGAUAGCUGGGCCUUUAUACUGUCCUGAAUAUAAACUAAGCAAACCAAUUUAAAUAAAGAAAUUUCAUUUAUGUGUGAAGUAUCUUGAAUCAUAAAUAAAUUUGACCAGUUACCAGACCAAUCUUUUUGAAGGUAAGUGAAGGUAAAAGAAAACUGCUUUUACUUUAUUUAUGAAACCUCAACUUUCUCAGUCCUUGGGAGUUCUCAGAAGACCAUCAUGUAACAACUGAAUACUAUCCUAAUAAUCUGCAGAGUUACAUUUAAUCUAGUUCUCAAAAUGAGCACCACCCUACUCAUUCCUUCUUGGCUGCAUACAAAAGAAGGGAAAGCUUUUUGUUUGGCUGGACGGGAAUGGAGGUUCAUGCAGAACCAGAACUUAACUGUUAAACAAUACAUAAAGCAUUAGCUCUCUAGCAAGAAGCAGGGGAGUCACAACCCAUCCUUUUUUCAAGUAUCGGUAGAUUCAGGUUAAAAAGGGAGAGGCAGAAAACUUCUUCAGAUGCUUCAUUACUAUUAAUUAAAACUUAUCAAUAUUUGAAGGCUGUAAUAGGUGUGUGCAUGCACUUCCCCCCUCCCCCAGCCUUUUUCCUACGUAGCAUGGGGAGAAGGUUUAGUGUAGCCAGAUAAAGAGUUACAAGUAGCAUCUUUACUUAAAAAAUGAAUACGCUUACAGUUUUGAGCAGGUAGGCUGGUAAGAGUGUGUUCACCAAUGGCAUAUUUCACUGUGAAUCCUAAAAGUUAAUCUACAGUUGCUUUCUCUCUGUGUGAAACAACCAUGUGGCAGAAAUCUAAUCACAGCAAAACAGCAGACUCUGAUACAAGUGAGAACUGGAUUACUAGCCAUUUUAAUCAGAAAAAUCUUCCUAGCAUACUACAAAUUUCUCCUGCAGCUCAAAAUGGAUAUGGUAGUGUUCAAGGAUAGUCAUAGUACGUUACUCCCUUGAUCAUGCAACUUGGCUGUCAGUAACAGAGACUUUGUUCAUCUUAAAUACUGGUUGUAAAGCCUCUGUUGAUGUAUUGUCAGUUGUAGGAAUUCUGUUUUGUCCAUCAGUCAGGUAAAAGGAAUGUAGACAUUUAUUCGCAGUUGUAUGAACUCCUUUCCACUAGGUUAGGGUAUGAAUGCAAACACAGGAAAAAUGAUGUUAACACUAUAUGCUUGACCCAGUAUUCUCAGUUAUGAACUUAUGAUCUUUUAAUAGUUUUGUU